UUCAACUUUUAUAUCUAAGGAUUGAAAAUUUAAAACAAGAUUUCACGUAAAUAUUUAAUUCUGUUACCAAAUGUUCGAACGCGGAACGAGUUCGCCGCCAAAAUCAUGGACGCUCCAAGUCGCGCGAGAUGUCGAAGCUCCGCGCGACGCGUUCCCCCUCCGUAGUUACCGCGCCAUCGAAAACGGCCGGCGAGCUGGCCAUCGGCUGUCGCGAACUUUGUGUCUCUUGUCUUCUUCCAUUUUCCAACGGCUGAACGUAGCGCGAAGUCCGCGCUAUCGUUCCCGUGUGUGGUGUGUCGUAAAAACCUCGUGUUCGCAUGAGGUGUCCGUGAGCCCGAGCUGCGAUCAACGGCCACUGUCGGUAUACCUAGCUAGUAUCUAUUACUGAAGUACGUUUUUGCGUUGUAAUCGUUGUCGCGAUACGUACCUAUUUACAUCGAGUAAAAUAAAUAAAAUUCGCGUGUGACCACGCCUGUUUGUCCGUCGGGUCCGUUGUGAUCGACGUCCGACGCCGAGUUGACAUCGAGCGUCCGUUCUCGUGUAUUUACCCCGUGAGCGUGUCCCGUUUUACCCUCCGCGUGUCGCGAGUGUUUGCCACGGAAGUACGUAAAUAUUAUACUAAUUUCGCGUUCCCUCUACUCGCGUGGAACCACGGGCCAUCAUCGUCGAAUGACGAGCUGAAGAUUUGUCCGCCGUCGCCGUUCUGGCGAGAGACCGAUAUUGGUCGCCACUAAGGAUCGACGCAGUCGCCGAAUAUUUAUAUAAUUUGAACUUUAGACUAAUUGUCCAAAAAAAUGGUAUCUUAGACAUAUAUGGUUUUGAAAUGCUUAAACUAAACAGCUUUGAACAAUUUUGUAUCAAUUACGCCAAUGAAAAACUUCAACAGCAAUUUAAUUUACAUGUAUUCAAACUUGAAAAAGAAGAAUACCAAAACGAAGGAAUUUAAUGGAAGUUGAUUGAUUUUUAUGAUAACCAAUCUGUAAUAAAUCUGAUUGAAUCUACGUUAGGUAUACUUAUCUUCUUGAUGAAGAAUGUCGAAUGCCUGAAGGAUCAGAUGCAUCUUGGACUCAAAAACUAUGUACCAAUUUAGGUGGAAUGGAUUUUACAAUUAAACAUUUUGCUGGUGAUGUCAAAUAUUCUUCAGACGGAUUUUUGGACAAAAAUAAAGACAGUUUUUGAAGAUCAAGUUAAUGUAUUAAGAAAUGGGAAAAAUGCUUAGUCACGUAAAAUGUUUUUGGUAGAAAGUUCAAUAGGUUCACCUACACAUUCCAAACAAAAUAAGGAAACGGUUGGUUCACAGUUUAGAAAUUCACUUAAUGCCCUCAUGACAACACUUAAUGAUACUACCCCACAUUAUAUAAGGUGUGUUAAACCAAAUGAUAGCAAGUUACCAUUUGUGUUCGACAUUCAACGAGCUGUUGAUCAAUUGCGAGCUUGUUGUGUGUUAGAAACAAUCCGCAUUAGUGCUGCUGGCUUUCCUUCUAGAUGGACCUAUGUAGAUUUCUUCUUAAGAUAUCGCAUAUUAUUGAAAUCAAAGAAAAUUAAUAGAAAUGAUCCUAAAUUAACUUGUCAGCAAAUUGUUGAAGAACAUAUUGGAACUAAAGACAACUAUAAGUUUAGUAACACAAAAAUAUUCUUCAGAGCUAGUCAAGUUGCAUACUUAGAAAGAAAACGGGCUGAUAUACGUAAAGAUUGCAGCAUACUUAUUCAAAAAACUUGGCUAAAUACAUAUGCCAAAAAAACAUACUUACAAAUUCAAACAAGUGUAUUAAUAAUUCAGCAAUGUGGGAAAGCUUACCUAGCCAGACGGUACAGAUCAGCAGACAAGCAAAACAAUGCUAUUUGUAAUUAUUUUAGCAGUAGCGGCAGCAACUAUUAAAAUCUACCCCCUGCAAGUUCAAAUGUACCCCGUGGUUCCGGCAAGGGACCGAUAUUGGUCGGCACCAAGAAUCGACGCAGAAGCCGUAAUCAG